CAUUCAGAUCUCAGUUAUAAAUUUGGUUCAAAAUUUUCGUUGAGUUGAAGAAUACAAGUACUGAAAUAACAAGCGAGAAGAAUAUAGGAGAUUGUAAUUCUGGGGAAAUGGGAAAUCCACAUGUUCUAGCUAUACCAUAUCCAUAUCAAGGUCAUGUACUCCCCCUAAUGCAACUUUCCUUAAAAUUAAUCGACCAUGGUGUCAAGAUUACAUUUGUAAAUACAGAGUUCAUUCACAACCGCAUUAUGAAUGCAUUUUCAGAGGAAAAUAAUGUAAAAGAGCUUAUAAAUUUGGUUUCCAUUCCUGAUGGAAUGGAACCCUGGGAAGAUAGGAAUGACAUUGGCAAGCUAUCAGAAAGCAUCCUACGAGUCAUGCCCGGAGAGCUUGAGCAACUUGUUAAAGAUAUUAACCAGAAAGAUGUCAAUGAAAUUACGUGCAUUAUUGCCGAUGAAAGCUUGGGAUGGGCACUGGAAGUUGCUGAGAGGUUGAAGAUUAAAAGAGCUGCUUUCUGGCCUGCCUCAGCAGCAGUGAUGGCCUUGAAAUUUAGCAUCCCAAAACUGAUUCAGGAUGGAGUUGUAGACAACAACGAUGGAACAAUCUUGAGAAACGAAAUGUAUACUUUAACUGAAAAAAUGCCUGUCAUGAACCCGAAACAAUUUGUAUGGACCUGCCUGGGUGACUCCAACACAACGAAAAUUAUGUUCAAACUUAUAAAACACACUAAUAUAACUGUGAAGCUUGUGGACUGGAUCAUUUGCAACACAUCCUAUGAGCUAGAGCCUGCCGCUUUGGGCUUAUUCCCAGAUAUAUUGCCAAUAGGCCCGCUUCUGUCAGGUGACCGACUUGGAUCAUCAGGCUACUUCUGGCCAUCUGACGUGAGCUGUCUGGCAUGGCUAGACCAACAGCCAGUCCAAUCAGUUAUAUAUGUCGCAUUUGGUAGUUUCACAAUUUUUGACGAAAAACAGUUCCAAGAACUGGCUCUAGGACUUGAGUCUCUCAACAGGCCUUUCUUGUGGGUUAUCCGGUCUGAUACGAUUGACAAGAAGCCUGACAUGUUACUGGAAAAAAUGAAGGCACGAAUAGGCCAGCGUGGGUGCAUUGUGAGCUGGGCUCCUCAACAGGCCGUGCUUAAUCAUCCUGCAGUCGCCUGUUUCUUAAGUCAUUGUGGUUGGAACUCUACGAUGGAAGGUGUGAGCAAUGGCGUGCCUUUCCUGUGCUGGCCUUACUUUGGCGAUCAGUUCAUCAAUCAGACCUACAUUUGUGAUAUAUGGAAGGUUGGGCUGGCCCUUGAUAAAGAUGAAAGUGGGAUCAUCACUAGAGGAGAAAUCAAGAAUAAGGCGGAAAAGUUGUUAAAUGACAAGAAUUUCAAACAGAGGGCCUUGAUCCAUCAAGAAAUGGUCAUAACUGGCGCUCAAGAGAGCGGAUGCUCCAACAAAAAUUUGAGCAACUUCAUUCAAUGGAUCAAGUAACAAAGGAUAGCCUACUAGUAUCACUUCGUUAAUUGAUCCAUUCCAUUGAAUCCAUUGAAUCAAGUAACAAGUGAUAUAGAAGACCAUCAAAUGGAAAUAAUAGUUACUUGAUAAUGGAUCAAGUAACGAGUGAUAUAGGAGACCAGAUUGAUGAGUAGCUAUGUAAGGCCGUGCUUACAAAGUGAUCUCAUUUAUUCAUGCUUGCACUUUUAUCCAAGUAGUAAUAAUGAUAAGUAAAUAUUUGUGGUAAAGUAUAUCAAAUACAAGUUAUUUAAUCUCUUUUUAAUAUCCAUGUGUUUGAUUUGC